AUGGAAUUUCCUGCAAUGAUCAUUUGUUUACUUGCUCUUGCAUGUGUGCGAAAUACUAUGUCGCAUAUGAAUAGGCAGUUCAGGCAGGUACCGACGACACUACCGGCGGUACCGUCGGCACCGGCGGCACCGGCGGCACCGAGCAUAAAUUAUAACAAUACUCAAUUUCCUUAUCCCUAUCCUACCUAUCCGAUUUAUUCGAACAACGUUAAUCAGAUCGGGCAGCAACCUGCUGCCCCGGUAACGAAUGUACCUGAGACUACCACAUCGCUGUCUACCACCAACAGUACUAGCUUGGAUACUUCCGACAGUAAAUCUAUUCUUCAACAUAUCAGCACCUAUAGCAUCUAUGCGUUGCAAGUGUUGAUGACAGCUCUUCUCGGCACGUCCUUAGUAAACUACAUUUGUACGCAAUGGUCUAUCUGCGACUACCUCUUUGGAGAAAACAAGUUUUGGAAAACUUCUAACAAGGCAAGACGUAUGGCCCGUUCGUACGAGACAUUGAAUUACUUGGAUGAUAUCAGCUCUAGAGUCUUCAAAGCGAUGGACUACUAUAAUAACCAGUCAAAUUAG